AUGUGUUUUGUCACUGGUGCUGAAGAGUCCACUCCUUUCUUUCAGUUCUCAGACUAGAGGUGAGGAGACAUUAACAGCCCUGUCGUCCUCGUUAGUGGCAACUAAAUUUCCUUAUUUCCUGAGCGCAGCUGUGAGGUGAUGUGGAGUGUGCAGAGACUGAUGAACGAGCCUCGAUAUCAACUGUGUGACAACUAUCUACACAACACACCAACCACACCGACGGAAAGAUGCAGAUGUGACACCGCUUCUGCUGUAAUAGACUCUACCUGCAAUUUGAGGAUUGUAAUGUGAGUCCAGGUGCAGUCCCGUAAUUUUAUGCUGGUGGAGAGGAGUGAGAUGCUUCACUCGGCUGCCAUGACAACAGGACUUUUCUUUGUUACUUGGCUCUUGUAUACAAGCGCACGAGGCAAUCCCGUUGUGUCGGUGCCGGAGGGUGGGGAGAAAGAGCGUUUGGAGCGUGUUCUGACCCAGGCCAAGGAGGGUGCGCUGAGCCCUGGUGCAAGGCAGCGUUUGGAGGAGCUGAGUAAUCUUGAAUUGGAGGGGAUCAAGGGCGUGAACAGAUCUAGUGUUAGCAGGACCCGACCCAACUCGAGCCCCUUGAGACGAGGGUCCAAACUGCAGGGUAAGACCCUCGAAACCUGGGGUGAGCAAGAAUCACUCAAGCAAACUGAAGAGACUCUUACAGAAGAGGCCAACACCUCCCUCGAUGCGACCGAUGAGUACGCGUAUCCCGAUUACAGGGGUAAGGGCUGCAUGGACGAGACAGGGUUUGUGUUCGCCAUCGGGGAGAAAUUCACCCCAGGACCCUCCACCUGCCCCUGCUUGUGCACAGAUGAAGGUCCUCUGUGUGCCCAACCAGAGUGUCCAAAACUUCAUCCACGUUGCCUGCGUGUUGACACCAGCCAGUGCUGCCCGCAGUGCAAAGAGAAGAAAAACUACUGUGAAUUUCGAGGAAAGGUCUACUCAUCUCUGGAGGAGUUUAAGGUGUCUCCGUGCGAGAAGUGCCGUUGUGAGCCCAGUGGAGAGGUUUUGUGUUCCGUGUCUGCUUGCCCACAGACAGAGUGUGUUGAUCCGGAAUAUGAGCCUGACCAGUGCUGCCCAGUGUGUAAGAGCGCCUCUCCCGUCUGUGCACAGGCCCGAACUGCUAUGCGGACACGGCGGUGAUCCCGGCCGGCCGAGAGGUUAAGAUCGACGAAUGCACCAUCUGCUACUGCACGUACGAGGAGGGCACCUGGCGUAUCGAGCGGCAGGCCACCUGCAGCAAGAACGAGUGCCAGCCGAGCUAAGGCGGCGACGAGGGGCUCGAGACCCUCAGCCUUCACCCGGACAGCUGUGGAUCUGGAUCACCUGUCCCAGCUGUGGUCUGUACGGGCUCAGCACGGCAGCCCUGAGCCUCACACGCAGCCAAGACACCGGCACCGUGUGGCGUAACAUCAAUCACGGUCAUUUGUGACCGUUCAUGACUAUGAACUCAGAGUGUCCCGUAGCAUGCAGCGGACAGGCCAAUUAACCUGGGAACAAGGCCAAGGGCCAGAGUGCGAAGCGCUACAUUCCUCUCGCUACGACGGAGCCUCUGAGUUGGCAUAGCGUCAUGACGAGUGAUGAGAUUCAUACGUUAGAGUUACAUGUAUAGUCUUAGGAGGCAUGGAGUUGAAUUCAACUAUAUUAAUAUUUCAAGUUUGUAUUGAGAUUUAUAACCCAUAUAAAGGAUAUUUAUUUAUGUAUGUGCUGGUUCAAUGAUUAUGAUUGGAUUCAAAUAUCUGAUUUACAGUGAAAUGAUAUUUUUUAUAGCCACUGUAUUUUGAUAUGCCGUAACAUUUAAUACUGGAUCGUCUUAUUAGAAUGUAUAACGCACCUACAGCUGUCAAUGUGUCUGGAGAAACGUUUUGUCAAAGACUAGAUGAUGCCGCUGACACAUAACAUCUAACGCAACGUCAGGAUAGUCAACAGAGCAGAAUGGAUUUGAUGUCCAUUUGAGGAAAUCAAAAACGGAAAGAAAGCUGCUUGCAUUUAUGUUAAGUCUCUAUUGUGCUCUUAUCUGAGAUCCAUUUUGCUAAGACGUGUUUCUAUGUGUAUGUGUUUUCAUGUUCCAAAUAAAUCGUUACACUGUGCAA